AUGCCAGCGAUGACUGAGAUAACGAAGGGCUUAACUGUGCAGAAGCUGCUGUCGGAUGUGCAGCCAGACAGCAAGCGAGCGGAUAUGUCUAAGAUCGUGGCCAUGUUCAAGAAGCACUCCAAGGAAAUCCACGUUUAUGGAGGGAGCAUUAUCGGAGCUGGUAAGAUGCUCUACCAGAGCAAGAGCCAGAAGCCCUACAACUGGCUCCAGUGUGGUGUGGCUGCCCGAGCCAGCAAUAUCACCAUGUAUUUUGGGUGCAUCUUCAAGCUUACCGAUAAGGAGGUUAAGAAAAUCGGGCCAAAGUGCACGCACGGCGUCGGCUGCCUCCACUUCAAGAGCCUCGAGGAGGUGAACGUGUCUGCACUCGAAGCCCUGAUGAAGCGUGCUUUCGCAGUCAAGGAGUUUAUUGCGCCUGGGGCCAAGGCCCCCGCGACUCAAAAGCGGCCCGCGAGCAACGUCAUGAAGACGCAGCUGAAGACGAAGAAGUGA